UUUGUGUUUAUACAUUAAUGAGAGAGUGCGCUCACUUUCAUCGUCAGCAAUCGUAUGUAUGUAUAUAUAUAAGAAGGUAAAUGAAGGAUUCAGAAUGCACACUGAUCCACGAUGAUUGAUUGCUUUAAGUUAAAAGCGGUGGAAACCGAUGCGAAGCAAAUCGAGCUCCUGAGAACAUGCAAAACUAUUCUUCGCCUUUACGGUUUUUGGCCCAAGGGCGGCUCUAAAAAUGUCUUCUUCAUGUUGAGAUUCAUCUUCAUCAUAAUCUGCUACAACACCAAUGUUGUUGGAUCAAUCUGGCAUUUAGUUCACGUAAUGUGUAAGUAUGAAUGCAUUAUUGGAUCGUGAUUAAUAACGUCAAUUAGCUAAGGAAACUAUUGAUUAUUUGGAAAUCGCCGAUGAUCUGUCCAUCAUCAUCUCAGUAUUGAGCGUGAUGUGCGUCUUCGCCGCGUACAUGGGGAAAUUCGACGAGCUGAAAGAGCUUCGCCAGGAAAUGGGAAAUUUCACGGUUUACGAUAAACCCAAGGACAUCGAGAAACUCGACGCCAAGUUGAACUACGUUUCAAAGAUUUUUCUCGUCUGGUUUCUCGCUUCGUGUGCUUAUCUUUGGACGUUGCUAUUCCUUGAGACAUGUGAGGACGGAUCCAUUGAUAUUUGCGGUUUUCUCAUCGCCGUUUACCUACCUUUCGAUAUUUUCACCUCUCCAUACAGGAAAAUGUUCUUGACUUUUCAAUGUUACACCUGCUUUGCUACCGUCUUAACAGCUUUCUACGUAUCAUAUUCUGUGUUAGGAAUGUGCUCAUUCCUGAGGAAUAGAGUUGACCAUUUGAUUGUUUUGCUAAAGACGAUUCCUACGAUAGAAACUCGAUGCGAACGCAAAUCUAGAAUCAGAAAAUGCGUACUCUAUCAUUACAAAAUAAUUGAAUUGUGGGAAACAUUUCAUGGACUUUACACCAUCAUGUUUUUCAUACACGUUGUUAAUACGCCGGUCACAAUGAGUUUGAUCAUUUAUCAGAUAUUGCAGGUUUUUAAACACUGAAUUUUUGUUUUCAAAAUUUUCUCUUAAUACUCGAAGUUUUAGAAAGUUAAGUUCGUGCCCAUAAUCCACUUGAGUGGUUGGUUCGUGGCGCUCGGAAUGAAUUGUAUUUUCGGACAACAACUUAUAGACUCGGUUUUGCUAAUUAAACAAUCUGUUUACUAAAAAAUAACUAUUAUAUAAUUUUGUUAUAUUUCCAGAGCACCGAUUUACUAUAUUCUAUUUAUGAAAGUAUGCCUUUCGAUGGGGAUUGUGAGACUCAAAAGGAUUUGAUGCUCAUUACGAUACGAUGCUUACUCCCAAUGACUGUACCCGUGGGAAAGUUCGGAGUAUUCGAUCAUUCCUCGUUUAUUACGGUAACAAAUUUACGUAAAAAUAACAUAUGUUUAUAGUAAUUUCGUUUCAGGUCUUAAAAACUAUUUACUCAUAUUUGACCAUAUUAUCAAGCAUU